AUGGCCAUACACAAAUCUCUCCCCUUUGCUUUACUACUCAUUUUGUUAGCCUUUCUUUCUUUCCAAGUAAUAUCAUUUGCAACAGCAGCACCAUCAUCCACACUCUCAGAAGUAGAGGCUCUCAUGAAAUGGAAAGCCAGUCUCUCGGCAGCACAGGCUCUCCAUUCAUGGUCUCUUCCUUCUGCUAAUUCUACCACCAACAUAAUCUCUCCAUGCAACUGGACUGGGAUCUCAUGCAACAUCCUUGGAAGUGUAACAAGGAUAAGCUUACCGAGUGUAGGUUUGGAAGGUAAGCUCGAUAACUUGAGUUUUCCGUCAUUUCCAAACCUCCUUCAUCUUGAUCUCAGCGACAACACACUCAUAGGAACCAUUCCAGCCCAUCUUGAACCUCUUUACAAACUCACGUCCCUGAAUCUGUCUGCAAAUGAAAUAAUUGGAUCAAUACCUCUGGAAAUAGGGAAUCUUGUGAAUUUGAAUGAGCUUGACUUGUCCUUUAACCAUCUAGAUGGUUCCAUCCCUUCCACUCUAGGAAAUCUGACAAAGCUUUCCAUCUUGUACUUGGACCAAAAUCAAAUCUCUGGUUCUAUUCCUUCACAAAUCGGAAAUCUACAAGCUCUGGUUGAGUUGACGUUGUACCAAAAUAAUCUGACAGGUCAGAUCCCUCCCGCUUUGGGUAAUUUGAGCAACCUUACAAUUUUGUAUCUCUACGACAACCAAAUUUCUGGCUCAAUUCCACCUGAAGUAGGGAAUCUGGUUAAUCUCAAAGAGCUUUCCAUGCCCACUAACCUUCUAACGGGUUCUAUCCCUUCCACUUUAGGAAAUUUGUCCAUGCUCACUCUUCUUCAUCUGUUUGAAAAUCAAUUCUCUGGUUUUAUUCCUCUAGAACUUGGGAAUCUAAAGAGUCUCAAUGAGUUAUCAUUGCGCAGUAACAAUCUGACUGGUCCCAUCCCUCCUGCUUUAGGUAAAUUGAGCAACCUUACAAUUUUGUAUCUCUACGACAACCAAAUUUCUGGCUCAAUUCCACCUGAAGUAGGGAAUCUGGUUAAUCUGAAAGAGCUUGAUAUGUCCACUAACCUUCUAACAGGUUCUAUCCCUUCCACUUUAGGAAACUUGACAAAGUUAACUGUCCUCCAACUUUUUGAGAAUCAAUUCUCUGGUUUUAUUCCUCUAGAACUUGGGAAUCUAAAGAGUCUCAAUGAUUUAUCAUUGCGCAGUAACAAUCUGACUGGUCCUAUCCCUCCUGCUUUAGGUAAUUUGAGCAACCUUACAAUUUUGUAUCUCUACGACAACCAAAUUUCUGGCUCAAUUCCACCUGAAGUAGGGAAUCUGGUUAAUCUGAAAGAGCUUGAUAUGUCCACUAACCUUCUAACAGGUUCUAUCCCUUCCACUUUGGGAAACUUGUCCAUGCUCACUGUUCUUCACCUGUUCGAAAAUCAAUUCUCUGGUUCUAUUCCACCUGAAGUAGGGAAUCUGGUUAAUCUCUGGGAUCUCAAGCUAUCCAGUAACUUUCUAAAAGGUUCUAUCCCUUCCACUUUAGGGAACUUGACAAAGUUAACUGUCCUCUACCUCUUUGAGAAUCAAAUUUCUGGUUCUAUUCCUCUAGAACUCGGGAAUUUAAUGAAUCUCAAUGAGCUAGUAUUAGACAGUAACAAUCUGACCGGUCCUAUCCCUCCUGCUUUAGGUAAUUUGACCAACCUUGCAGUUUUCUAUCUCUACGACAACCAAAUUUCUGGCUCAAUUCCACCUGAAGUAGGGAAUCUGGUUAAUCUCAAAGAGCUUGACAUGUCCACUAACCUUCUAACUGGUUCUAUCCCUUCCACUUUAGGAAACUUGUCCAUGCUCACUCUUCUUCAUCUGUUCGAAAAUCAAUUCUCUGGUUCUAUUCCACCUGAAGUAGGGAAUCUGGUUAAUCUCUGGGAUCUCAAGCUAUCCAGUAACUUUCUAACUGGUUCUAUCCCUUCCACUUUAGGAAACUUGAGAAAGUUAACUGUCCUCUACCUCUUUGAGAAUCAAAUUUCUGGUUCUAUUCCUCUAGAACUUGGGAAUUUAAAGAGUCUCAAUGAUUUAGCAUUGUACCGUAACAAUCUGACUGGCCCCAUCCCUCCCCCUUUAGGUAAUUUGAGCAACCUUGCAUUUUUGUAUCUCUACGAUACCCAAGUUUCUGGCUCAAUUCCACCUGAAGUAGGGAAUCUAGUUAAUCUCAAAGAACUUGACAUGUCCACUAACCUUCUAACAGGUUCUAUCCCUUCCACUUUAGGAAACUUAUCUACGUUCACUCUUCUUAAUCUGUUUGAAAAUCAAUUCUCUGGUUUUAUUCCUCCAGAGAUAGGGAAUCUGGUUAAUCUCAAAGAGCUUGUCAUGUCCACUAACCUUCUAACACGUUCUAUCCCUUCCACUUUAGGGAACUUGACCAAGCUUACUGUUUUGUACCUUGAUGACUGUCAAUUAUCUGGUUCCUUGCCUCAAGAAAUGACAAACAUGACAAAUCUUUCUGAACUCCAGUUGGAUGGCAACAACUUCUCUGGCCAUUUACCUCAUUUAUGCCAUGGUGGAUCUCUUAAAGCCUUCACUGCUUUCAACAACCAUUUCACCGGUGAGAUCCCAAGAACCUUCAGAAAUUGCACUAGCUUAAUGAGAGUGCGACUCAAUGGAAACCAACUUGCAGCAAAUGUAUCGGAAGCCUUUGGUGUAUACCCUCACCUCAUAUUCAUGGAUGUCAGUGACAACAUGUUGUUUGGUGAACUCUCGCCGCAUUGGGGAGAAUGCCAAAACUUAACAAAGCUACAACUCUCUGGGAACAAUAUCACUGGUAGAAUUCCUCCUGAGAUUGGGCAGUUGGGGCAGCUAAGAGUGCUUGAUCUUUCUUCGAACCAUUUAGUAGGAGAGAUUCCAAAGGAACUUGGGAGGCUAACUUCUUUGUAUGACUUGACUUUAAAUGAUAACCAGCUUUUUGGUCAGGUGCCCCAAGAGAUUGGAAAACUAUCCAAUUUGGAGGUUCUUGACUUGUCAAUGAAUCACCUAAGUCGUCCAAUACCACCUCAAUUAGGGGAUUGCUCCAAACUCCGGUAUCUCAAAUUGAGCGAAAACGUUUUGAAUGGAAGCAUUCCUUUUCAGAUUGGUAACCUAGUAUACCUACAGGGCUUACUAGAUCUAAGUCAUAACUCCCUGAAUGGAAAGAUACCUCCACAGCUAGCAAAAUUGAUUAGACUGGAAAAUUUAAACCUCUCCCAUAACAUGCUGACAGGCUCCAUUCCGCAUUCUUUUGAAGAGAUGUUCAGCUUGCAAUCCAUUGAUUUUUCAUACAAUGCUUUGGAAGGUCCUCUUCCUAGCAACAAAGCCUUUCGGAAGGCUCCAGCAGAGGCAUUCAUAAAAAACAAAAGCUUAUGUGGUGAAGUGCAAGGUUUGCGGCCUUGCAAUGCCUCUUCAAUAAGUCAUGGUGAUGCAAGGAAACGCCACAAAGUUGUGAUCCUCAUUAUUCUUCUCUUCUCAGUAUUGUUUCUUUUAUUUGCAAUCGUUGGCAUAAUUUCUUUCAUUUAUUAUCAAAGAAGAAGAAGAAUAGAGAAAGAGGUUCUUGAAAGGAGCGAAGGAAAUACAUUUUCAACAUGGAAUUAUGAUGGGAUUUUCACGUUUGAAGACAUUGCGGAGGCGACAGAGGGUUUUCAUGACAAAUACUGCAUUGGAACUGGAGGGUAUGGGAAAGUUUACAUAGCAAAUCUACCAGCAGGCCAGGUAGUAGCUAUAAAGAAACUUCACCCACUCGAAGGUGGGAAUCAAUCUGAUCAAAGAAGUUUUAGGAAUGAGAUAAAAGCAUUAACAGAAAUCCGCCAUCGCAACAUUGUGAAACUUUAUGGCUUCUGUUCCCAUGCUCAAUGCUCAUUUCUAAUCUAUGAGUACAUGGAAAGGGGAAGCUUGGCAAGCAUCCUAAGCAACGAUGAAGGAGCUGCACAGUUGGACUGGACUUUGAGGGUGAAUGUUAUCAAAGGUGUGGCUCAUGCUUUAUCUUAUAUGCAUCAUGAUUGUACCCUACCAAUUGUCCAUCGAGACCUAUCAAGCAACAAUGUUCUGUUAAAUUCAGAACUUGAGGCUAGUAUCUCGGACUUUGGAACUGCACGAUUGCUGAUACCCGAUUCCUCAAAUUGGACUGCACUCGCAGGCACUUGCGGAUACAUCGCUCCGGAGCUUGCAUAUACAAUGAGGGUGACUGAAAAAUGCGAUGUAUAUAGCUUUGGUGUUGUGGCACUUGAAGUGAUGAUGGGAAGUCAUCCUGGGGAGCUCAUCUCCUCUUUGUCAUCAUCAAGUAGACAAGAUACACUGCUAAAAGAUAUGUUGGACCAACGUCUCUCAGAUCCGAUGGCUGAUGUUGCACAGGAAGUCUUAUUUGUGGUAUCCAUGGCUCUUGCAUGCAUUCGGCCAGAUCCAGACUCUCGGCCAACCAUGCGACAUGUGGCUCAGGAGCUUUCUAUUAGAGGGCCUUCUUUCUCUCUACAGCCAUUCCAUGCAGUUACAUUACGUCAACUGAUGGAUCUGAAGGUAUAGUUGGGUGGAUGAAGUUUGUGGACAU